CAGUGCGCUGGCGGACAUCGAUGGGUGAACCACGUGGAUUUCGACAGAGAUUAUACUACAUACAUAUAUACAUAUAUACACAUAUACAUACACGCAAUUACGUGAUUCGAUAAAUUUAAAUAUCAAUUGAUAGAAGAACAAUCGCAUAAUACGGGAAAAAUCGGAAAAGAAAGAAAGAAAGAAAGAAAGAAAGAAAGAAUCAUCGCCCGAACGAUUUAAUUUCGAUUCGAAAUUCGACAUCGAAAAGUGAACAUUGUUUGCGCGCGAAUGCGCGUGUUGUUAGAAUUUGUCGUCUUUUUUUCACGGAUUAAUUAAAGCCGCGAUGAUAAUUGGUAACAGUGAGAUAAAAGUUACGUAAUUUCAAUGCGAACGUAUUGUUUCCAUUGUAAUUAAUUUCUUUCCUUUUUUCAACUGGAUAACGGUGCGAAGGAACAGGUCUCGUGCGAUUUCAAGCGCGAUACAUAACCGGCGACUUUAUUAAGAUUUAUUAAGAAGAUUACUAAUUCUCUUUUAGUUAAAUAUACCGAUUCUGCUCUUCGACGAAAUAACCAGAGAAGAAGAAGAGAAACUCGUUCCGUUAUCCAAGUUAAUACUCGUUCCAAUCUCAGCCUUAUUAUUUUCCUUAUAGUUCAUUAUCGCUCGUUUGAUCGAAAAUAAUCAGAGAAGGAGGAGUUGUACAAACUGAUGGAAAUAAUAAUCUCCGUUAUCUGAAAUCUCUCUUUAAAUCUUUAACCGACCAUUGAUUCGAAUAAUUUGGAGAAGGGACCUGUGAAAAAUAAAAAAAAAAAAGUUAGAAUCAAGAGAAGAAAAAUAUAUAAAGAAUGUUAUUAACCGGAAGAAUAUUUCGAAUUUUCUAUCUCUCUCUGGCUGCACGUGAAGUUUCUUUAACCAAAGGCGAAGGUAUUUUCAUUAACGAGAAAGGAAGGAGAAAUUAGACCGAAGUUGUAAAGAUCUGUGUGCAAACUGGCAGAGUGGCAUUAAGAAAAUUUGGAAAAUUUUGGAAAAGAAUUUGUUUUGCACAAGUAUUUGAGGAACGUUAUAAAACGUUUUUUUUUACGGCAGUGUUUGCAGAAAUAGAAUCGAAGGAAUGAAAAUGUCUGGAACCGUGAAAAAAUUUCUAGUGUUGUUGCAGAUUUUUUUUUGCGAAUUGACGAUUUGCACCGCUCGCAUAAAUGAACCACCGGUCAUACAUUCGAUCCCUUUGGAAAACAAGACAACGACACUCGACGAAUACAAAAAUUUACCUGUGGUUGGAAAAUGUUGCCCGGUGGGCGAAGUUUUUGUAAUAAACGUAACUGGAAAAGCGGUUUGCACAGUUAUGGAUUCCUUCAUUAUCGAAAAUUUCUCUCCUAUUUUCCAUGAUUUUAAUGGUACUGGUUAUGUAUUUUCGGGUCAGGUUGAAAGUCCGUUUGUCGCGAUUAUUGGAAAUCCCUGUGAGUACAAAAAAUAUAUUUUAAAUUCAAGCGAAGACGUGCAAGAUUUUCAUUUAUUAUUAACAAAUGGUUCGAUAUUUGCACCUGAACACAAUCCAAAAAUAUUGCAACCUGGAAUCGAUUACUGCAUAGAAAUUAUUCCAGAGAUGGGAAUCAACACUUUUGUGUGUUUUUCUAAAGAUCGCACAAUAAUAACCGCAGACUCUCGAAUUACGAUCUACGCUUACGGCCUUUUAAUAUCUGUACCAUUCUUAAUUCUUACAAUUGUUGCGUAUUACAUCACACCAGAAUUAAAAGAUGUAUAUGGAAAAGCAGUGUGUUGUUAUUGCGGAUGUUUGGCUCUUACUUUCGUUAUGUUAGUAAUCAUACAAUUACGGAAUAUAGAAUUGUCGAAUCAAACUUGUACAAAUAUAGCAUUCGUUAUCCAAUUCUCUUUCAUCGCCUGCUUCUUCUGGCUAAAUGCGAUAUGCAUUGAAAUGUGGUUAUUAGUGCGUUUCUACGUCGGUAAAUGUAGGAACAAAGGAUAUUGUCGGGAAAUCUGCAAGAGGACAGAAUCAAAAACAUUGUUUUUUUGGUAUUCUUUAUGGUGCUGGGGUCCCUCGAUGAUACUUAUCCUUGUCUCAAUAAUCAUGGAUCUUAAUCCAGUGAUACCUGCAACUUACGUGAAGAAUUCCGGCAAGGAAAGUUGUUCGUUCAAAACUGAAGACAAAGCGAUACCAUACUUUUAUGUACCAAUUGGUUUACUUCUCCUCGGGAAUGUGAUUCUUUUUAUUUUAACUUUCAUCAAAUUGACUAAAUAUCAAAGGCAACUUGACUUGAGACGUCUUAGAAGAAACGAGCCAUCGGAUCAAGACGAUCGAAGGACUCUUCGAGAUUUAAUGAGAACCGCAUUUGUCUGUAUGCUAAUUUUCUUUUUAAUGGGCUUAAAUUGGAUGAUGGAAUUAAUAUUCUGGUACAUCAAUGGAGAUUCCUUCAACUGGUCCUCUUUCGACCUCAUAAACGCUCUUCAAGGUGUUCUUAUUUUUGGUUUGUUCGUACUACGAAGGCCACCGAGGGAUUUUAUAUGGAAUAGAAUACAAAAAUUUCGAGGUAUUAAUGAAAUACCAGAACGAGAAAUUGGAAGCAUGGAAUUGGGUCUGCUUCAGAUGAUGAAUGGUGAUCUUGUGUCUAGAUAGACAUGAUUAUUGUUUAAAAAUAAUUUAUUUUUCGAUCCUUUUUCAAAUUUAUUGAAACAUCACAAAAGGAUUACAAAUCAACUGCCGAAAAUGCUUGAAAGUUCCUUGAAGAGAUGUACAAUUUUAGUAUAACUUAUUUAUAAAGUAUUGAAUUAGUCAAAUAUGAAAAAAUUGACGAUUUUUAUAUAUUUAUUUUAAACAAGACUUAUCGAAUUAUUAUUUAUUAAUUAACGAGUUAGAAGAAAUUAGUUGACUCACAUCACAUGAACAAUAUAUAUUUCAUUAACAUCAUGCAUAACAAUUUAUUUUGUAUAUUAUCUUGAUUUUGAAUAAGCAACGUGGUUUAUAAUUUAUUUAAAAGAACUUGAUCAUGUAUUAUGAAUACAAGAAUAAUUUUAUAUUAAUAAAAACUGGAUAUUAUAGAUUGUGUAUAUGUACAUAUAUAUAUAUAUAUAUUUACAUUUUAUUGUUAGAUUUUAUUAUUCAAAAACAAAUGAUAUAAAUUAAUGAAGGAGAGAUUUGAUAAAGUACAUAAUUUAUUUCUAAAAUAAAUUUACAUUAUUUAAUAAAUGUAUUCACAUUUUUGAAGAAUUAUAGCCUGCUUUUUAAAAACUUGUUUUGAUUAUAUAAAAACAUCUGCAACUUGUUUUAUAGUACAUGCAAAUUGUAUGUAUACUGAUUAUGUAACAAUAAAAUACCAGAUAAAUUAUAUUAUAUAUAUAUAUAUAUAAUAUAAUUGUAUAUAUAUAUAUAUAUAUAUAUAUAUACAUUAAAAUCUGACAUUAAAAAAUUUUUAAUAUUUUUUAGAUAUAAAAAAUAUUGUUAAUUAAAGAUAUUCAGUAUCAAAGAUAUAUCAAUUUCAUUUAUUUAUGUAUCUAUCAUUUUUUUAAUAAAUAUUGUUUUUUUAAAUAAUUUAAUUAAUAUUUGUCUUUUUAAUUAAAAAAAAAUAUUAUUUAUUUUGUGUAUUAUAUUAAUAUUAAAUAUUCUUGUAUUAUCAUUUCAAGUCCUCGUUUUUGUAUUGGGAUAAUAGAUAAUAGAUAUCUUUUCAAUAUGUUUAUUUCAAAACAAAAUCAUAAAUGAUAUUUAAGAAACUUUUUGACCAAUGAAAAAUAUUAUUUAUUUGUACCUUUUGAUACUACAGUGUACAUUUGUAUGUUUUAUUUCUGUUUCUAAAAUAUUAUAUAAAAAUAAAAUAGUGUGGAUUUGUAUAACCAAAUCCAUUGCCACAAUUACAAUUACAAUAUUUUACGGAUCGAAACGAAAAAUUUCUUAACAAAAUAAUAAAUAUUGAUUAUUAUCUACGAGUGCUUUUUCGAACAUUAAGUACGCAAAAUAACAUUGGCAUACUCGUUAUAAGCUCUGUGAUGUAAAACAAUUAAGCAUUAAUGCUUUUGGGUAAUAAUUAAUAACCCAAACCAGGUACCUAAAGUAAUUUUUGAACAUUAAUGUUGUACAAGUUACAUUGUAUCAUUUAAAGAGUAUUUUUCACAUUUAUGCGUAUUUUUGCUGUUGCAUUAUCCAGUAAAUACUAUUUCAACAAAAUUUUAUAUAUCAUUUUAUGUAUAAAAAUAUUAAAUUAUGUGAUAAAGUAAGGACUAAUUUUUACAAAUUUAUUACAAAAAUAUAGCUUUUUUUUAUUAAUUAAAUUAUUUAGUUGUUUAAAAAGAAAUUAUUGAAUAAUACAUUUACUGAAUAAUACAUUUGUGUAAUUGGUAAUUUUUUUCAUUUUAAAUAUUUGAUCAUAAUUUCAAGAAAAUUUACAUUUAUACAUAACUAAACAUAUACAUAAUCAUAACAUAUCAAAUGUGUAAAAGUUUUCAAAACUUUUUCUGAUUUUAUAAUGAUGACUAACAAAAAUUAUCAUUUUAAUAUAAAUAAAAUAAAUUUAAAUAAAAUUUACUUUUUAUAACUUGUUUUUUUGGUCACUAUGCAUUUUAUGUAACAUACAAUAAUUUAAUUCAUUAUUAUAAUUAUAAGAUAAUUAAGAUAAGAGAAUAAAAAAUUAAUA